UCAGAGCAGCUGGCAGCUCGGCGGGCAGCGUUGGCCGACUGGGUGCUCCGGGUUGCACACACGUCCGCGCGGGGUCCCGGCCAAGUACGCGGGGGCAUCGCCAUCUCCAGCCGGGCCAGGUGCGCAGUCAGCGAGUGGAUCGCGGCGGCCGAAGAGCACCGCCGCCAUGUGGAUCCAGGUUCGCACCAUGGACGGGAAGGAGACCCACACCGUGGACUCGCUGUCCAGGCUGACCAAGGUGGAAGAGCUCAGGCGGAAGAUCCAGGAGCUAUUUCACGUGGAGCCGGGUCUGCAGCGGCUCUUCUACAGGGGCAAGCAGAUGGAGGACGGCCACACGCUCUUUGACUACGACGUGCGCCUCAACGACACCAUCCAGCUCCUGGCCCGCCAGAGCCCGGCGCCGCCCGCCAGCCUCAAGGAGAGGGACUCGGAGCUGUCCGACACCGACUCGGGCUGCUGCCUGGGCCAGAGCGAGUCGGACAAGUCCUCCACCCACGGGGAGGCGGCCGCGGAGCCCGACGGCAAAGCGGGCCUGGCCGACGAGGACGCCUGGGACGAGACGGAGCUGGGGCUGUACAAGGUUAACGAGUACAUCGACGCCCGGGACACGAACAUGGGGGCCUGGUUCGAGGCCCAGGUGGUCAGGGUGACGAGGAAGGCGCCGUCCCCGGACGAGCCCUGCAGCUCCACCUCCAGCCCGACCCUGGAAGAAGAAGUCGUUUACCACGUCAGAUAUGAUGACUACCCGGAGAACGGGGUGGUGCAGAUGCACUCGCGCGAUGUCCGGGCCCGCGCCCGCACCAUCAUCAAGUGGCAGGACCUGGAGGUGGGCCAGGUGGUCAUGCUGAACUACAACCCCGACAACCCCAAGGAGCGUGGCUUCUGGUACGACGCAGAGAUCUCGAGGAAGCGCGAGACACGGACGCUGCGGGAGCUGUACGCCAACGUCAUGCUCGGGGACGACUCUCUCAACGACUGUCGGAUCAUCUUCGUGGACGAGGUCUUCAAGAUUGAGCGCCCGGGGGAAGGGAGCCCCGUGGUCGAGAACCCGCUGAGACGUGAGUGCGGCCGCGUCCACCCCUGUGGUCACAGGUACUGCCCCGAGUGCCGAAAUGACGCCAGCGAGGUGGUGUCGGCAGGACAGAGGCUGCGGGAGAGUAAGAAGAAGGCGAAGAUGGCGUCGGCCACGUCGUCCUCGCAGCGGGACUGGGGCAAGGGCAUGGCGUGCGUGGGGCGUACGAAGGAGUGCACCAUCGUCCCGUCCAACCACUACGGGCCCAUCCCGGGCGUCCCCGUGGGCACCAUGUGGCGAUUCCGAGUCCAGGUCAGCGAGUCGGGCGUGCACCGGCCCCACGUGGCGGGCAUCCACGGCCGGAGCAACGACGGCGCGUACUCGCUGGUGCUGGCGGGGGGGGACGAGGGGGGCCAGGACCAUGGGAAUUUUUUCACAUACACAGGUAGCGGGGGCCGAGACCUCUCCGGCAACAAGCGGACUGCCGAACAGUCUUGUGAUCAGAAACUCACCAACACCAACAGGGCCCUGGCUCUCAACUGUAGUGCCCCCAUCAACGACCAGGAGGGCGCAGAGGCCAAGGACUGGCGUUCGGGGAAGCCGGUCCGCGUGGUGCGCAACAUGAAGGGCGGCAAGCACAGCAAGUACGCCCCGGCCGAGGGCAACCGCUACGACGGCAUCUACAAGGUCGUCAAGUACUGGCCCGAGAAGGGCAAGUCCGGCUUCCUGGUGUGGCGCUACCUCCUGCGGCGCGACGACGAGGAGCCCGGGCCCUGGACGAAGGAGGGGAAGGACCGCAUCAAGCGGCUGGGGCUCACCAUGCAGUAUCCAGAGGGCUACCUGGAAGCCCUGGCCAACAGGGAGAAGGAGAAGGAGAACCAGCGGCGGGAGGAGGAGAAGCAGGAGGGCUUCGCGUCCCCCCGGAAGGGCAAGGGCAAGGCCAGGUGGAAGCGGAAGUCCACAGGUGGGUGUCCCCGCGCCCGCUGCCCCGGCCGCCCCAGCGUCCGCCCGGCUCCCUCAGCUUCCUCACCACCCCGCUUCCCGCCUGCAGGCGGCCAGGGCAAUGGCGGGUCCCCUCGCCGGACCCCCAAGAAGUCCAAAGUGGAGACCUACAGCCUGACGGCCCAGCAGAGCAGCCUCAUCAAGGAGGACAAGAGCAAUGCCAAGCUGUGGAACGAGAUCCUCGGGGCGCUCCAGGACGGGCCGCUGCAGACCUUCCUGAGCAAGGUGGAGGAGACCUUCCAGUGCAUCUGCUGCCAGGAGCUGGUGUUCCGGCCCGUCACCACCGUGUGUCAGCACAACGUGUGCAAGGAUUGCCUGGACCGAUCGUUCCGCGCGCAGGUGUUCAGCUGCCCCCCCUGCCGCUACGACCUGGGCCGGGGCUACGCCAUGCAGGUGAACCAGGCGCUGCAGACCGUCCUCGGCCAGCUCUUCCCCGGCUACGGCAACGGCCGGUGAUCCCCAAGCACUUCCGCGGCCAAGGCUCCUUCCCGGGCCCUGCUUGUGUCCGUAGUGGGCUAACUUAAACAUGUAGUGUUCCCUCCGCCCCCAAAGUGCCCGUUUUCCUUUUUUUUUUUUUUUUUUUUUUUUUUAUCUAUACAGUUUCAGGAAUUGAUGUGUUCUGGAUGAAAGUUGGACUUCUCCGUUUGGUUGUGUUUUUUAAAAAUAUAAAGCCUGCAAUUUACAAAAAAAAAAAAAAAAAGACAAAAAAAAAAGAAAAAGAGGUUUUGAAGAUGGAAUUAGGAGCUACUUUUGCAUCCAAAAGCUGCUUACAUUUCUGACAUCGAGUUCUCAGAAGUUCCCGCGACGGACCAGUAGGAAGCUGUCCCGGCCUGGACGGAGCCUCCCACGGUCCUGGCCUUUGGCCCCCAAGCUCACAGCAAGAGCAUCUUCCCCAUGGCGACGGGGUGUCACCGAUGGCAUGUCACCGGAUAACACCCAAGGUGGCCCUGGGCGGCGCCGCCAAGAAGUUGAAAAGAUAAGGGGAAAAAAAAUAAUCUCCUCCCGGCUCGGUUUCAACUCGCCUCCCAGCCGUCUCCCACCGGCCACCCUGGUGUCCGAGAUCCCAUGGGAGCCAAGUCGGGGCCUUCCAGAAACUACCUCUGCCGAACUUGAGUCCACGUGGGGGCCGAGCGCGCCG